AUGGAAAUUCUCCCGCCGUCAACUACCCGUCAGCCGGCUAUUCCAGGCCGGCCGGAGCAAUCAGAGGAGUACGCAUGGGUUCCAGGUCUAAUCGACGCGGCGACGAUCGAGAAGCUCGAGCGCGUAGGUAUGACAUGGGGCCCUCUGACCGGCCUCCCGUGGGGAGCUCCCAUCCCUCUGCUUCUCCUAACAGCCUUCUGCACCACUCUGCACCGAUACAACCCCAGGCGGAGGGAUUUCCCCGUGGGGGUAUCGUUCGGGUGGUACAUACUGCAGGCGGAAGAUGCGGACGAUGAGCCGCCACCGGCGGAAGCGCAGAAGGGCGGAGAAGGGGGAGGGGGCGGCCACCGCCAGUCGCUUUUCUCCGAUAGUGAGUACUCCGACUCCGAUUUCGAGUCGUCGCGCCAGGCCACGCGGCUGUCCGCGAUAGGCGGCGGCGGAGGAGGAGCUCCAUCGGGAGGAGCGCUAGGAGCGGCGGCGCGCGCGGCGUACCAGUCAUCCGCAGGUCCGGGGGGGGGCGUGGGGACAGGCAAGGGCGGAGCCAUCCCGCAGGGGAUGCGGCCAGGCGGAUUAGCCACAGGUCUCCUAUCCACCAUGGUUGGCGCAAUGGCAGGGGGAGGGGCAAAACCCGUAGCAGCAGGCGCAGGUGCGGGAGCAGCUUCCGCGAAGCCCGCAGGGGGAGGACUGCUGCGGCUGUGGCAGGGGGGGAAGCUGUAUGACGCGCCGCCGUCGGGGCAAGAUCUUAAAGUUAGCUGGCGCGCCAACGGGCUGUUUCACGACACUAUAUCGGACGCGAUGAGCUCCAUAACGAGUUUUUCCGCCGUAGGAGAGGAGGACGAGGAUCAACUGCUGGUGGUGAACGUGGAAAUGGAUAACUUACCCGCGCGCGCCCCGCAAGCGGACAACCUACUCCCCCCUUCCGCGCUCCCCCCUGCUGCUGCGCCCCCAAGCGCGGUUCCGCGCCAGGGCAGUCUGGGGGCGGCGGGUUUGCCGUCCAUGGGGUUGGCGAAACAGCACAGUCUCAAAUCGGACCCGGGAACCGUGUCAGGGGCGGGCGCAUCCGGGGCGGGCGUAUCUGGGGGAGGUGCAUCAGGGGCGGGUCGUUCCGACAGGGACGUGACUUUGCUUGAGAUGCUGGCGCACGUGGGAUCGCGGCUGUUUGAAGCGGUAGGAAGCGCGGAAGAAGGGGGAGGCGCAUCCGGGGUAGGUCACAGCGGUGGGUUAGAUAACCCUACGAGAGACCACAGCGGGAGUUUGGCACGGUCGUUAGGUGGGGGGCCGGGGGAGGGGCGGAGUGUGCGGGCGGGGGGAAGGGGCGUGUCCGGGGAUGGCAUGUCUGAUGUGGAUAGAGAGAGUGUGGGGCGGGGGACGGCUAGAUCAGCAUCAACAGCCCGGAGCAGAGUGGCUGCUGCCAGUGCAGCUGCAGUUGCGAAAGGGUUUCCGGCCUUUUUCAAGUAUUUCGCGUAUGGGAUUGACCGGCAGACGAUUGAAGAGGAAGGGGAGGAUAUUCCGUCGUGCGGGCUUGCCGGGUUGUUUGUCCCCGGGUCGAAAAAGAAAGCGGUGCUGAUUCGGUGGCGGUAUGAUGUGUCUAAGUACGAUGAAUCUACGGUUGCAAGGCUGAGCGCGAAUUUUUGUUUUUUGGUGGAGCGGAUUGCAUCUCUGCCGUCGAUCGAGGCGCUGCCGAUUUAUUACCUGCCCGUGCUGACCGACGCGGAAAGGGAGCAGCUAGAGGACAAAUUUUCUGGGCGGCUGGUGCCGCAUGCGUUUUGGCAUGAGGAGGAAGAAGGGAGGAAGCUUCUGCUGGAUGUUGGGGGGUAUAGGGAUGGGAGGGGGGUGGGGAGAGGCGGCAGGGAUAAGUUGAGGGAGAAGGAUAGGCUGAGGAGGAAGAAGAAGCAAGAGGAGGGAAAGAGAGAGGGUGUGGAAGGUGGUGGGGAGAGGGGCGGAGAUGGGGUGAUUGUUGGACCAGGUGAUAAUACUGAAGGGAGGGUAGUAGAGGGAGCAGCAGGAGCAUUAACAGCAGGCACAUUAGCAGCAGGAGCAGUAGGAAUAGGGAUUGCAGCAGGUGAUGCUGCUGCUACAGGUGCUGCUGCUACAGCCAUUGCAUCCCUCCCUCCCCCUCCUCUUUCCCCUGGUGCAGCCUCGUCCGCCGCCCAGUCUCAGGUGGGUUCUAGCGCCAGAGGGGGGGCAGUGGGGGCAGCAGGCGGAGCAAGGGCAGGCGGAGGCGGAGGCUCAGGGGGAGGGGGAGGAGCGGGGGGAGCAGGGGCAGCGGGCAGUGUGGUAACAUCAGGAUUGGACACGGUGACAGAUCUGUCAGAUGCGGCACCAGGGAGUGUGGGCAGGGGGGCGAGGAGCAGGGGGCGGGGGUUGAAUGUGCGCGAUCGCACCCUGGUGGAUCUGUUUGAACGGCAGGUAAAGGUUAACCCAGCUGCCACUGCACUGCUUCUGCUGCACCGGGGGAGAGGGCGCGGGGGCGCGGGCGGAGGGGGAUCAUGGGGAGGUGGAGCGGGAGGAGGGGGAGCGUGGGGAGGUGGAGGAGGAGGGGAAAGAGGUGCGGGAGCGGGAGCAGGAGGAGGAGGAGGAGGAGGUGGGGUGGAAGGGGCGAAGGUGGUGGUGAGGGAAGCGGUUUCGUACGUGCAGCUGCAUGCGCGUGCCCUGCUGAUCGCGAGGUUCGUUGCCAAGAAGCUUCCUCGCCCUGCUCUUAUCCCGGCGUCGCACCGGGGUAGCAGCCACAGCACCCCUGCCGCCACCCCCAAGGCCUCCUCCUCUGCUGCUGCCGCUGCCGCGGCUGCUGCUGCUGCCAACGGCACGGGUGUUUCUGUUGGCUCCCCAACCGUUUCAGCAACACCAGCAGCAGGAGGAGGAGGGGGAGGAGCAGGGGCGAACAUAGCGGCAGCGGCAGCAGCAGCAGCAGCAGUGGGGGCAAGCCGGGCGAGACCAGAGGUGCAGCUAGUGGGGGUGUGCAUGGAGAGAGGUGUGGAUUGGGUAGCAGCUAUUCUCGGGAUUAUGAUGGCUGGACGGGCGUAUGUGCCUCUGGAUCCCUCCCUGCCACGUGGCAAGCUGGAGGAGAUUGUGGAGGAGUCCGGGAUCAUGCUCGUGCUCACGUCGCGCCACCUGGUGGACGCGCUGAUGUGGAUGACGCCCCGCUCGCCUCGUGGCGCGGCCGCCACGUCAUCGUCAAGUCCGGGAGUGGCCAAUCAGGGAGGGCCAGAGGAGGUAGGCCAGAGGCAGGAUCAGGAGCAGGAUCAGCAGCAGCAGGAGCGGCGGCGGCGGCAUCAUCUGUUGAAACACAAGCGGGCUGGCAGCUCGGGAAGCUCAGGAAAGGCGGAAUCAAGAGGAGAGGCCAGUGUGAGCGACAGUAGAAUCAGCAUCAGCAGCGAUCGGAGGACUGGGGUGGCGAUUUUCUUCCCCAGCAGCAGCAGCAUGGGUGCCGCUGACAGCAAUCACAGCAGUAGUAUUUCAGGCGAGGGGCGUUUGGCGAGGGCGCUGCCUGUGUGGGCAGUGGAGGAGGUGAUCGAAGGGGAGGUGGAGGAGGAGAGGGCGGAGCGAGCAUUGCUGGGAGACUGGGGACCUGGAGAUGAGGGGAUGACUGGUAGAGAAGCAGGAGCGGGAGGGGGAGGGCCCGGGGCUGGUGUGGGGGUGAGUGCAGGGAGUGCGGGAUUGGAUGUGCUGGUGGGGUUGAGACCAAGGGCGAGUGGGACGUGCUGUGUGGUGUAUCGAGAGAAUGAGCUGGGGCGCGUGCGGGGCGUGGUGUUACAGCAUCAGGGCGUGGUCAACAUGGUGCACUGCUUUAGACACCGAUUGCCCUCUGAACAUGCUGCUGCUGCUGCUGCUGCUGCGAAUCCUGCUGCUGCCACUGCUGCGCCUGCCACUGCGGCUACAGGUGCUGCUGCCGCUACUGCUGCGGCGGCUGUAGCGGCGGCUACAGCGGCGGCCGCCGCUACAGCGGGAGCGGCUCCCCCUGUGGAUGUGAGAGCGCAGAUCUCCCCCGCCCACCUGCCCGCGCACCUCUUUGAGCUGUUCACAGCAUUUGAUGUCGGCGCCGCUGCUGCCAUCUGCCCCUCGCCCCUCGAACCCCAUUCGCUGCACAGCUCUGCUCCUUAUAACGAAUCUGCUUUUAGCGGAGCAGGAGGAGCAGGGGCUCUUACUGCUGCUGCUGCUGCUGCUCAUGAGUCUGCUGUGGUUCACGCACAGGCAUGUGCGGAACUUUCCUCAGAAGCUUCUCUCCUGGGUGUUUCUGGGCUGCUCACACUGCCAAGUGUCGCGAUGUGGUUGGAGCCCCGGUCGCUCCCGAGCCUGCGCUGGGUGGCCUUCUCAGGCGAGCCCGUACCUAGAGCUCUGGUUUGGCGCUGGCUUCGGGCCGGACGUGUGGUGGUUGAUAUUUACGGGGCUGUCGAGUGUUCCCUGGCCGCCACGUGUGCAGUCUGGCGGCCUGGCGACAGGGUGGCGGAUACGAUUGGCCGGCCACUGCCAGGUGUCCACGUGUACAUUCUCGGGCCGAACCUAGAGCUCCUCCCGAUCGGUGCGGGCGGCGAGGUGUGCAUUGCAGGGAUACACGUGGCGAGAGGGUAUUGGAAGCGGCACGGGGAGACGCGGCAGAGGUUCGUGAGCAACCCAUACGGCAUGGGAGUUCACGACCGGAAGCUGUUUCGAACAGGAGACCGAGGGAGGUGGUUACCAGACGGGUGCAUGCAGUUUCUGGGAAGAUUAGAGCAGCAGGUGUAUAUCCGAGGGUUGAGUGUAGAGCCGGUGCAGAUAGAGGAAGCGGGGAGUAAGGUGGAUGGGGUGGCGCGCUGUGUAGUGGCGUUCAGGGCGCAUGACCCUGGGAGACAGCCGUAUCUCGCUGCCUAUCUGCUGCUUAAGCCGUCGCUCGCAGCGGCUGCUGCUGCUGUGGCGGCUGCAGGAGAGGCAGGGGUGGGGGGAGGGGAUGGGGGGGAAGCAGGGGCGAGGGCAGGGGCGGGGAAAGGGGCGGGGAAAGGCGGGGGGAAAGGGAUGCAGACUCCAGCUCAGCAGCUACUGGCGUCACAGCAAUUGGCAGCAGUGAUACCCAAGAAGGUCCGAGAGUAUUUCAGAUCCGCCCUCCCUCCUCACGCUGUUCCCUCAGCUAUCCAUGUGAUUCACCACCUCCCCUGGACCAAGACAGGCAAGGCCGACCGCUCCCGCCUCCCUCUGCCGCCCGCGGACUCCUUUUUUGUCUCUUGUGAUGAGGACGGGUCUGUGGGCGGCACGGGGUUGGGGGCGGGCGGCGGAGAUCCGCUGGAGACGGCGGAGGAAAGGGCAGUUGCGGUGAUUUUCGCCGAAGUGCUGCCCGGGGUCGAGGCGGGCAGGUUGCGGAGAAAUUCAAACUUUUUUGAGCUGGGAGGGAAUCUGUUUCUGGCAGCACAGGUGGUUGCGAGGCUGGUUGAUUCUAUCGAGAGUUCUGUUAAGGAGGGCGGGAGCAACGGGGGGGAUGGCAGCAGUAGUGGUGGUGCUGCUGCUGCCGCUGCUGCUGCUGCUGCUGCUGGUAAUGCUGGUAGGAUGCAAGGAAAGGGAGGUGGAAGAGGGGAGGGGGGAGGGAAGGGAGGGAGGAGAGGGGGCAAAGGCAGCAGUGGGAGCGUGGGCGCAGGGGAAGCAGCAGCAGGUGGAGGGGCAGGAGGAGGGGGAGGGGGUGGAGCAAGGGCGGAGUUCUACAGAGCAGGGCUGACGCUGAGAGACAUGUUCAGUGCGCCCACUGUCAUGGGCCUUGCUGCCGCUCUGCACCGCGCUGCUACUGCCGCUGCCGCCGCCGCUGCUUCUGCUGCUAGUUCUGGUGGUGGUGGGGGAUUGAGCUUGGAUGAAGGUUUAGAGGACAGUGAUGGGGAGGAGCAGGAGGAGGGGCACGCAGGCUUAGGGGAGAGGCUGCUGCGCCUGGCACCCUUCCCUUCACCCGCUGCUACUGCUGGUUCUGGCAGUGCUGCUGCUGUUCCUGCUGGUUCUGUGGCUGGAGGGGCAAGUGAGGGGGAUGGGGCGGGUGGAGUGGUGGGGGUGGCGCUGUCAGAGGCGCAGGUGCUGCUGUGGGUGGCGUACCAUGCUCUGCCGCACCCGCAGCUGCUGGACGAGUGCCACGUGUGGCGCCUGCAGGUGACACGAGUUCCAUGUGUGUGCCAUGUGUGUGCCAUGUGUGUGCCAUGUGUGUGCCAUGCGUGUGCCAUGCGUGUGCCAUGUGUGUGCCAUGCGUUGGUGAUGCCAUGCGUUGGUGGUGCCAUGCGUUGCUUCUGGAAGACGGCAGAGAGUGUGUUGGAGUGUGUCACGCAGAUCCACACCCACCCCACACAUGGCCCUCCUUUUAAGCUUGCUCUGGUGGAUAUUUCCGGCGCAAAGUACUCCAAACGAAACAAGCUUAUAGCGGGGAUAAUCGCGGAGGCAAGACAGCCGUUCUGCCUGAGGACUCCAGAGGAGGCGGCGGUUCAGCUGGUAAUGGGGGGGAGUGGGGUGGGUGGGGGGGAUGGAGGGAGUGCGGGUGGCAUGGGAGGGAUGGGAGUGAGUGGGGGAGGAGGAGGCUUGGGUGCAGCAGAAGCUGGGCUGUUAGCAGGAAGAGGAGGAGCAGCAGCAGCGGCAGCAGCUGCAGCAGCCGCAGCCAGACUGGGUGCGGGAGCAGACAAUGCAAGAGGCGGCGGCGGCGGUAGCAGCAGCAAGGGUGGAGAAACGGCAGCGGCAGCAGCAGCAGGGGAAGGGGAGAGCUUGUUUCGAGCGACGCUGAUCCGGCUGAGCGCCACGGAGCACUCUCUCGUGCUCGUGUGGAACCCUCUCAUCUUCGACGGCGUCUCCUCCUCUCUUUUUUACUCCGACCUCCUCCAGGUUUACAAGGCGGGCGGCUCGGCGGCCGACCUCCCUGCAGUCGCCAGCUACGCCGAUUUCGCCCUGUGGGAAAAGGACAAUCUGGCGAGUGCCGGGCACAGGGAGUGGGACCUGGGGUUCUGGAAACAAGCGGUGGGUGUACCUCCCCCAAAACUACCUCCCCAGCUGCAACCGAAAGUAGACGAAAGCGGGAGCGAAGGAGGAGUGAGAACAGGCAGAGGAGGACGAGCAGCAGCAGCAGCAGCAGGACCAGGAGCAGGAGGGAAAGGAGCAGGAGGAGCAGGAGCGGCGGCGGCAGCGGCGGUGGCGGCAGGGGGGUUGGCAUUAGCGCUACGGAAGGGGCAUGUGGAGGUGUUGAUAGCAGCGAGCACCAGGAGGCGGCUCGAAACCUACGCCUUCCACCACGGCGCCACUCUCUCCAUGGCCCUCCAAACCGUUCUGCACGCCUUGCUACACCUCUGGACCCACCAGCACUCCGUCGUGAUCGCCGUCCCGGUCGCUAGGAGACAAAUCCUGCCGCUCCACUCGGUGAUCGGGCGGUUUUCAGAUGUGCUACCCGUGGUGACGGAUAUGAGGAAGCAUCUGAGCCCUCCAUUGGUGGUGGCUGGACGGCUGAGAUCGUUCACUUCGUCGAUCAGCCGGGCGUCAUCGUGUGUGUCAUCUCGAUGCGUCUCCCCUUCUACUUCCCGCCAGUAUUCCGCGCUCUCUCCUCGCCUCUCUGCUUCCACUGCCGCUGCUGGAGCUGGUGGGCCAGGUUCGGGCUUCCGACCCUCCAGCCAUGGAGGCCGGAGCUCCGGAAAGGGAGAGGGGGAUAGGCCAGGGUCGGCAGGGGGAAGGGGAGCAGGAGGGGGAGUGGAGGGAGGCGGUGGGGGGUACUCUAGUAGUGGGGACGACAGGGAAGACGGGGCAGCUUCGACAGCAGAGAGAAUAGGUGCUGCUGGUGCUGUUUCCGGUAGUUGCUUACGCCCUGGGAUGACUGGGAGAAAGGGGGAUGGAAGAAGAGGGGGAGGAGGAGCAGGAGGGAGGGGCGGAGGUGGGACGGGCGGGGGAGCGGGGAGGAAGUUGUGCCUGCCCAGCGAGGUGCAUGCAAUUGGGGAUGCUGACUCCCCGCCCCUGCCCUCCCCUCGCUCCUCCCCUGCUCCUGCUGCUGUAUCGGCUGUGGCUGCUGGGACUGGUGUGGCUGGUGUGACUGGUGCUCCUGCUGAUGCUGCUGCUGCUCUGAGACAAAUCGCGGCGGCUGAUGUUGAUGGGUCGAAGCAGGGGCACCAGGGGCAGGAGUUUGUUCAGGGGAGUGGGGGUGUGGGAGUUGGCACUGACGUGCUUUCACUCGCUGCGGCUGCUGUUGCUGCAGGGAAGGGGGGGAGGCGUGGGGAGGAGAGUCGGCCUGGUGGGGGGAGUGGGUUGGUGCAAGGAAAGCAAGCUGGACUGAUGAAAGGGAAAGGGGCGGAUGGGGAAGGAGAAGGGAAGGGGGGGGCGAUGGGUGGGGGCAAGGGAGGUCGGGAGAUGUGCAACGAUCAGUGGAUGUCUGAGGGUGUGUCCUUUGAGCAACUGCUAUUCCAAGUGCGAGAGCACACGCUGCAAGCCCUGCAGCACCAGUCCAUCUCUCUCCGUCUGCUCGCCUCUGCACUGCACCCCACCGCUCCCGACCCCUUCACCUCCCCCUUUGCCCUCGCAUCCUUCGCCCUCACACACCCGGGAACCGACUCCCCCCCGAACCUGCUCCCCCUAGAGGACUCGCUAGUGGGGGACCUAGACCUAGAAGCCUCUUCUGCUGCUGCUGCUGGGUUUGGUGCCGCUGGUGCUACUGGUGCUGGUGCUGCUGGUGGUUUUGGUGGUGCGAUCGGUGGGGUGGGCGGUGGGAUGGGUGGAGGAGCGGAGUUUGGAGGGAGUGUGGGCGGCAGUGGGUGGGGCGGCGAAGUGGCGCUGUUUCCCUUGGGAUUGUCGCUGCGGCCGCUGAGAGACGGGCGGCUGGCUGGGCGGCUGACUUACCAGGUGGAUGCAUUGCCUAGAAGUAUCGCAGAGGUGCUAGCGAGGCAGAUAGAGCGGCUGGCAGAGGCAGCAGUGGAGUCUCCCCGGCCCUUGCUGCUGGAUGAAGCCUCUUCCAGGGCGCUCAAGCAGGCGAGGAGACGAGGGGGGGGUGGGGACGGGGGGAAAGGGGGUGGCGGAGGGGGUGGGGGUGGGGGGAUGGUGGGGCCGAUUGGGUGCAUGCCGUUGUGUAUAGGGCGCGAUAGACGGUUGCUAGUGAGGCAAGGGUCUUCGGAUUCAGAUGAGUCUGAUGUGGGAGGGGAGGGGAGGGGAGGGGAGGGGAUGGGGUGGGGUGGGUUGGGGUGGGGUGGGGUGGGGUGGGACGCAACACGGUGA